UCAUAGAUUUGACCUUUAUUUCAAUACAAUCUUGUUGUUUGGGACAGCACAUUCUCCGUCUGCUCAUUCCGUCUGGUUUUCGCAUUGUGGACGCACGUAUGGCUCCGUGUGACUUCAACGGCCAAGUGGCACUCGUCACAGGCGGUGGCGGAGGCAUCGGGUGUGCCGUCUGCCUGCUGCUGGCUCAGGAGGGCGCCCACGUGAUGGUGACGGACAUCAACCUGGAGGCUGCUCGCCAGACUCUCAGCAAGAUGUCCAGCCCCGAGAAACAUCUGGCUCUAAAUAUGGAUGUGACGCAGCAGAGCUCAGUGGAGGGCGCCAUUGCAGCCUCCCGGGACAGGUAUGGGGUGUCGCCCAGCCUGCUGGUGAACAGUGCAGGGAUCGCUCAUAUAUCGCCCUUCCUUGACAUAACAAGGCCCCAGCUCGACAAGAUGAUUGACGUCAAUCUUAAGGGAACCUUCCUCGUCACCCAGGUCGUCACUAGAGCUCUGUUAGAAGAGGGCCGGGGAUCGGGGGAAGGAAGAGGCGCCAUAGUCAACAUAUCCAGUAUAGCAGGCAAGGCAGGCUUCCCCGACCGUAGUCACUACGUAGCCACUAAGGGCGGCGUCAUUGCCUUCACCAAGGCCUGUGCUACUGAGAUGGCCAAAAAGGGUAUCAGGGUAAACUGCGUAUUGCCCGGUUACGUCGCAACGCCUUUAACCGAAGGCAUUGAUCAAAACAUUCUGAAGUGGUACCUCAAUAAGACACCAUUAGGAAGGCCUGCCAAUCCCGCAGAAGUGGCCGAAGUGAUCGUGUUCCUGCUGUCAAGGCGCAGCAGCUACAUGGUGGGCUCCUGCCUGGAGGUGUCCGGCGGAGCUGACAUGUGAGGGACGCCAUGAGCUGUAAAGCGAUGCAGAGAUGUAUUUCACUACAUGUACAAUCUUCCUAUUUCAUCAAGUUUUCAAACUGUAGAGCAAAAUUGGUAUCAGAUGAAAGAUUGUAGUAUUUUUCCUCCUUUUUCAAUAUGAACGUAAAUUGGU